AUGUCUGCCAUCACAGCCUGCUUGAGAGUUAAAACCACGCUCAUGCCACGCAUUGAAACGGGCAUCCUGUCGUACGCUACCCCUGCGCACGAUAAUGCCUUCCUAUUUGGAUACAAUACAGCAGGAACACUUUUCUUCUACAUCAAUGGUCAAAGGAGAGUUAAAACUGUAGAGGGUUACCGGAUUUUCGAUGGCAAUUGGCACCACUGGUGUAUUAGUUGGAGCCAAAACGGUGGGAAAUGGGCGGUGUUCGUUGACGGCAACCAAAAAGCAUCCGGUUCUGGUUUUAUGAGGAAUAAUGUCAUCGAUGCUAAUGGCGCCUGGAUACUAGGACAGGACCAGGAUCAUAUCGGAGGCGGAUUUCAGGCACAUCAGUCCUUUUUGGGCGACAUAUCCAGUGUCAAUGUGUGGAACCAAGACUCUGUCGACGUCACCGCCGCGGCAAACUGUGACGACACCAUCAGAGGAAACGUCAUAGCAUGGGAGACCGUGGCCAAAAAGAGCUCUGGAGUAUUGAAGUAUACAGCAGAUCUGUGUCCCGACACAAGUAAUUACUUGACGGGCUCCGCUUGUGACGUCCCGUGCUCCGAAGUCAACCAAACAAGGACUCGAGAAUGUUUGCCAUCUGGAGCGGUGUGUACCGGAAGUACUGUUGAGAAGCGUGGACCAUGUCCAUAUUUAACUAUGUGGAGCGAGUGGACAGACUGCGACGCCACGUGCGGUGAGGGAAACCAAAGAAGGACACGGGAGUGCCUACCAUCUGGAAGUGGGUGUGUAGGAAGCACCGUUGAGGAGCGUUUGGCUGUGACAAAGCAAAGGAGGGCCUCUGUGAUCCGUUGGACAGCUCCCCAGAGCACCCGCAAGUACGUGGAACUCACGCCAACCACACCAAGUAUGACUGCCGUAACAGUCUGCUUUAGAAUGAAGACCACGCUCGCCAAGGGGGAAAUAUACGUCCUCUCGUAUAUUUCGUAUAAAAACUCCCUCUUGUUCGGGUACGACAUGGCAGGAUCUUUUAUCGCCCUCGUGAGUGAUGCUAAGGAAUAUAUACCAGUUCCAGGAUAUCAGAUCUUUGAUGGCACGUGGCACCACUGGUGCUUUACUUGGAACAAGCGUGGCGGUGAAUGGGCGCUUUAUAUGGACGGCAGACGGAUAUCAUCAGGCACUCGUUUUAUGAAUUAUAGGACCAUACCAGCCAAUGGAGUGUGGAUUGUUGGGCAAGAUCAAGACACAGUUGGGGGCGGAUUCCAAGUCUUUCAGUCAUUUAUAGGAGACAUGACCAGUAUCAAUGUAUGGAAUCACGACUCCCUUAAUCUCACUGAGGCACCGAACUGUGACGACACAAUCAGGGGAAACGUCAUAGCAUGGGAUGACGUCACAAAGAAAACCCACCAGGUGACAACACAUCAAGCCGAUCUAUGUUCCUACCUUAGUGAGUGGUCAGACUGGUCGGAUUGUGAGGUCACGUGUGAUGAUAGCAACCAGAAAAGGAGCCGCGAAUGUCUAACCAUGAAGCAGAAAAAGAAGACAUCAGUGGCGUAUUGGUCACCGCCUCAGAGCACUCGGAGAUACCUUCAGCUGAGACCAGAGAAAGUUCUGAUGUCUGCCAUCACUGCUUGUUUGAGAAUCAAGACCACCCUCACCUCGGGAACCACGUGUAUCCUGUCUUACGCCACACCUGAGUACGAUAACACCUUCUUGUUUGAGUAUCAUUCAGAGGGAACCAUUGGUGUCUAUGUUAACGGUGAAAGAAAAAUCAUCCCUGUCCCAGGCUAUCAGAUCUUUGAUGGUGUCUGGCACCAUUGGUGUUUUACAUGGAAGAGACGUGGAGGAAGGUGGGCGCUGUACGUGGAUGGCGAGAGAAAGGCUUCAGGCUCUGGUUUUGUGAGAUAUAAAACUAUGCCAGCUGAUGGAGUGUGGCUAGUUGGACAGGACCAAGAUAACGUUGGGGGAGGGUUUCAAGCCGAGCAAUCAUUUCUGGGCCAUUUGAGCAGUGUUAAUGUGUGGGACCACAUUGACGUUAACAUCAAUGCCGCGGCUAACUGUGACGACACAAUCGGGGGAAACGUCAUAGCAUGGAAUAACGUCACCGUAGUGAACCAUGGGGUGGCUACAUAUGACACAGAUCUAUGUUCCGACUCCCGAGAGUGGCCGGACCAGCCCGAGUGUGACGCCACGUGCGCGGGGGGUAACCAAUCAAGGACACGAGAAUGUCUGCCAGUCGGAAGUGUGUGUACCGGAAGUACCGUGGAGAAGCGUGGACCGUGUUGUGGCUUUCGCUGUCAGUACUGGACGGAGUGGAUGGACAAGGAUGACCCCUCUAAGGACGGGGACUGGGAGGUGGACGAGACGCCGUGUGCCACUGCUGCAUUCCUAUCUGAGCCAAUUAUUGCCGAGUGCCGCGUAGUGCAAACUCAACAACCCUGGGACGCCAGCGGCUACCAGUACUUUCUACCCUGCUCUGUCUACGGGAUCGUCUGCAGGAACGCCGAAAACGAGACCAUCAGAUCAGCAGUUAGUCUAGUAGAGGAGCAGGAUUAG